UUUCAAAUGUUUUUGGAAACAGCAAAUUUAUACAAUUCAUUUAAAACAUUUUGACCAAGAUAUAUGUCAUCUCGUACAUUACAAAACGAAGGUCAACACCAAACGCCGCAGGUACUGUUGACUAACAAUUUUAAGGCAGUUAUUUGUGAUCUACUCAACUGUUUGAAUGGUGUAGGAAAUCAUGAUGUUGAUGUUGACUACGCUAUGUACCGACUUGAAUGGCUCAUUUCUUUGUGCACAAGGUUUGGAGAUUAUUUUGAAAGGGAAGAAACGUUCGUUGAGCAUCUUCUUCAAGCCCAAGAAUUAUUAUCAGCUAUUAAUAAUUGCGAAUUAAGGCAAAAUACUUCUAGUUUUUUCAUGUACAACGAGACUACUUCAUGUACUUCUACUCAAACUAGUGGAAGACCAAAGCUUAAGAUUCCCAAGGAACAAAUUGAACUUUUUCUUGAAUAUGGCUUUAAAGUUACAGACAUUGCAAAAAUGCUAUGUGUCAGUAAAAAAACAGUCCAUCGACGACUUCGGGAGUACAAUUUAUCCAUUAAAAAGUCUUAUGCCAGUUUUAGUGAUGAGGAACUAGAUAAUAUUGUUGUGGAAAUCAGUUCACAAUUUAAAAAUUGUGGUUACAAGGCAAUGCGAGGUCAUCUGCUUGCAAGGGGAUUUAAGAUACAAGAGGAAAGAGUGAGGCAGUCAAUGAGACGGACUGACCCAGAAGGGACUUUCAUUCGCGCUCUUCAACUGAAAAUUACCCAUAGGAGAGUAUACAAUGUGCCAGGACCACUUGCACUCUGGCAUAUUGAUGGCAACCACAAACUGAAAAGGUGGAAAAUAAUUAUUCACGGUGGUAUAGAUGGAUUUUCAAGAAAAGUAAUGUUUAUGUCGUGCAGUGGGAAUAACAAGGCAACAACAGUUUUAAGUCAUUUUGUCAAAGCUGUGGAUGAACAUGGUUUACCUUCCCGUGUUCGUGCUGAUCAGGGUACUGAAAAUGUCGGUGUUGCACGAUACAUGUUAAACCAUCCAGCUAGAGGACCUGGAAGAGGGAGCUUCAUCACUGGCCCAAGCGUUCACAACCAAAGGAUUGAACGUUUUUGGAGGGAUCUUUUUGUUGGUUGUCUUUAUAUUUACUACUCUGUUUUCUUCUAUAUGGAAGAAGCAGGUUAUUUAGAUUUAAGCAACGAGGUCCAUAUGUUCUGCUUGCAUUAUGUAUUUAUUGACAGAAUAAACAAACAUAUUUCUCAUUUUGUUAAUGGAUGGAAUGAUCAUCCUAUACGAACAGCACAGAACAAGACUCCAAACCAACUUUGGAUCAGCGGGUUGUGUAACAUUGCAGCAAGUAAUGACUUGGCAGCACAAACAAUUCUAAAUCAACCAUCACAGGACUGUGAGCAGUUUUGGUCUGAGUUUGGAAUAGAGACUGAAGAACAUUCAUUCUGUUCAGAAGGAGGGUGUGAAGUUGACCUGCUUGAUGUGGGCCAACCCAUUUCUGAUGAUGAGUUGGAGGAGCUAAAAGAAAAGAUUCACCCACUUCAAGAUGACGAUGCAUAUGGCAUUAACACCUACAUCCAAGUAUGCCUGUUUGUAACAGAAAUACUUAACCAAUCAACAUCACAGUCACCACACUAAAUGAAUUACAAAAUGAAGACUUCUUUAAAAAUGUAUGUAUAAAAUAUGUAAUAAUAAAUAUAUUAUCCAUUAAUCAUUUUCUUAGUU